AUGCCUCUUUGGACUUUUAGUCACUCUGCAGGCGCCUUUACUGCCGAAGAGAAGAAGGACUUGGCCGAGGCAAUUACUAAGCUUUACACCGAUGCCGGCUUGCCUGCUUUCUAUGUCAAUGUUCAAUUCAUUCCUCUCUCGGAGAACGACAUGUGGUAUGGAGCUAAGCCCCAUCCCAAGUUCACAAUGAUCUCAAUCAUUCACGUCGCCCAGAACGUGCAAAACCACCCGAUGAAAGCAAGAAAGGCGUUCAUCAAUUCGGUUGACAACAUUCUUACUCCAAGGAUGACUCAAAAGGGGAUGGGUUGGGAGUAUUAUGUUCUGGAAGGCCCCCGGGAGUUUUGGAAAAUUGAUGGCAUCGUACCCCCUCCCACAGGCUCCGAGAUGGAAAAGUUGUGGGCCAAGCAUAACAGACCAAUUUUGGCAGAGUCUAAACUUUAG